AUGAUGGCCAUUAAGCUCCUCUCGCUCGCCGCCGCCGCGGCGGCGUCGGGGUUCCUCGACGAGACGACGAACACGACGCUCUGCGACGACGUGAAGCAAUUCGCGGGCUACUACAAGCUGACGACGGGCAAGAGCAAGAACUACUUCUACUGGUUCUUCGAGUCGCGGUCCGCGCCGAGCACGGACCCCGUCGUGCUCUGGAUGACGGGCGGGCCCGGCUGCUCGUCCGAGGUGGCACUGUUCGGCGAGAAUGGCCCCUGCAAGGUCAACGCCGACGGCAGCGCCACGACGAAGAACGCGCACUCGUGGAACUCGAACGCGAACGUGCUCUACAUCGACCAGCCCACGGGCACGGGCUUCUCCUACGGCACGGGCUACGACCACGACGAGGUCGGCGUCGCCGCGGACAUGGUCGACUUCCUCGUCCAGUUCUUCGCGGGCCACCCGGCCUACGCGGACAACGACUUCUUCAUCAGCGGCGAGUCGUACGCGGGCCACUACGUGCCCGCGGUCGCGCACGGCGUCUGGCUCCACAACAAGGCCGCCGACGCGGCGAAGAUCAAGCUCACGGGCGUCGCCAUCGGCAACGGCCUCACGGACCCGGAGAUCCAGUACGAGUACUACAAGGACAUGAUCGUCUCGACGAACGACCACGAGGCCGCCGUCGGCACGGUCGUCCACGCGGCCAUGGUCGCGGCGACGCCGCCCUGCGUCGCCGCCAUCAAGCAGUGCAACAAGAACCACACCUACGGCGCGUGCCUCCCCGCCCUCGAGGGCUGCGAGAUCGCGCUCGAGAUCCCGUACACGGCGACGGGCAUGAACCCCUACGACAUGCGCGAGAAGUGCGAGGUCCCGCCGCUCUGCUACGACUUCUCCAACGUCGCGACCUACCUGAAGCGCGACGACGUCCGCGCGGCGCUCAACGUGCCCAAGGCGGCCAAGUGGUCCGACUGCAACCGCGCCGUGACCAUGGGCUUCGAGCUCGCGGGCGACUACAUGAAGGAGUACCAGCAGCUCAUCCCGGACCUCAUCGAGGACGGCAUCCGCUACCUCAUCUACGCCGGCGACCAGGACUACAUCUGCAACUGGCUCGGCAACCAGGCCUGGACGCUCGCGCUCCCCUGGUCGGGCAAGGACGCCUUCAACGCCGCGCCGGUCGCCGACUGGGACGUCGCGGGCAAGAAGGCCGGCGAGCUCCGCAAGACGGACAUGUUCUCCUUCCUCCGCGUCAUCGACGCCGGCCACAUGGUGCCCAUGGACCAACCCGAGGCCGCGCUCGCCAUGAUCAACGCGUUCACGUCGAACACGCUCUGA